AUGAACAACCAGUACAUACGUGUGGAAAUCUUUGCUUUGGAAACUUGCGAACUUAAAAAUGCUUGGGAACAGAGAAUUCAAAAACAAAAUGAAGCACGGCAAAUCGAAGCAGCUAGACAACAAAAGAGUGCCUUAAAAAGGUAA